AUGUCCUUCCAUGAUCGACCCUCACCACCCACCAUUGCCACUCCACCACCUACCAUUCUCCAUGAUAACGAAAGCCCUACCACUUCAAGUUCAAAUACUCCAAUUAUGACCUCAACAGGAAACAAGCUGAAGAAACCCCUCUAUUUGAUCGUCGCCACGGCUGUCGAGCCACAUAUGGGAAUUGGCUAUAAGGGGGGGUUGCCCUGGGCUCAGUUGAAGAGCGAUAUGGGAUUUUUUAGAAGGGUGACCAUACGAGGCGGCACCAAUCGAACACGGCAAGAGCACCCGGACGGACAGGAGAAUAAAAGCAUUUGGAGAAGAAAUUCAGUAAUCAUGGGCAGAAAGACGUGGGAGAGUAUACCGAAGAAGUUCCGACCGCUGAAAGGGAGAGUGAAUGUGGUUGUCACAAGAAAUGCUCUGAGAAUGCGCGAGGAGAUCCACAGUGAGCAAAGUCAACAGGAGGAAGAGGUGAUCAUUGUGUCAAGUCUACAAGAAGGAUUGAGCGUGCUGAGCGAGCUGCGGCAACGCGAUGCUGAGCCGACUAACGGAGACGACGAGGGCAAAGAUUUCGUGAUCGGUGGGAGUGAGAUCUAUAGGGCUGCUUUGGACUUUCCUACUUCAUCUUCUGGUCAAGGGGUCCAGCUUCAUGAUUCGACAGGAGAACGAGGCAUCAUAUUACGCAUCCUACAGACUCAAGUUCGGAAAACAGAUGGAAAAGGCUUUGACUGCGAUAUUUUCUUCCCUGUAGAUCUACAAGGGGGCAGCGGUCAACUGGCUCAAAGAUGGAGAGAGGUUGAUCAAGCAGAGACGGAAAGCUGGGUAGGUGAAGGCUUGCCACAGAAAGACGCGGAGUGGGUGGAGGAUGGAGAGGGACAGUGUGAGAUCAGAGUUGUUGGUUGGGAGAAGACAGACUGA